AGCCUGUUUAGUGGUUCAUUUGGCACACCUGGAUCAAACGGAGCCAUUAUUAGCUAUAACUUUAUUAGCCGCAGCUGUGCCUGAGCUGCCCUAGCAAAGACCCGCAAAAGCAUUGGGUAACAGAUCCGUGACGGCCAUACGGUUACCUUAUAUAUCUCCUCAUACUGUGCUGGGUGCUUCACUGAGAGUUUGUCAAGGGAUGGAGCAGCGUGGAGGUGCAGGAGGGGGAACGGAGAGCCCCAGACUUCAGGACAGUGCCAGCCCAGAGGAGAGAGGGGAGAACGGGGAAAGUCCAGCCUCCAGCGGCCCAUCACACUGCAAGAUAAACCAUCUGGAGGUGAAUGGCAGCCCAACAAACCUCCGAAUCCGACAGAAUGGCACACCGCUGAGACCACUAGGAGGUGGGAUGUCGGCACAUGUGACACGUUUGAUGAUCCCAGUCUUCUGUGUGGUCGAGCAUGCAGACGCAGCUGGCGACUGUGAGGGACGGAGUGAUCGUCACGCUGAGUUUGUGUUGGUUCGUAAAGAUGUUCUCUUCACACAACUGGUAGAGACAGCACUGGUUGCUCUCGGAUACUCACACAGCUCUGCUGUGCAGGCACGGGGGAUCAUUAAAAUUGGACGAUGGAAACCGAUGCCCAUCCAUUACCUGACGGAUGCUCCGGAGGCAACAGUGGCCGACAUGCUGCUGGAUGUUUACCACAUGGUCACGUUGCGGAUCCUUCUGCACAGCUUUGCCCAUCUGGAGGAGCUGCCAUCUGAGCAGUGGACUCAUGCAACAGUGAGAAAUGCCCUGAAAGAGCUGCUGAGAGACACCAACCAGAGCGCUCUGGCAAAGGAGUGUCCGCUCUCUCAGAGUAUGAUCUCAGCAAUAGUGAAUAGUUCCUACUACGCCAACGUCUCCACCUCAAAAUGCCAGGAGUUUGGACGCUGGUACAAGAGGUACAAACGCUUCAAAGGUGAAUACACUGAGAAGAUGUGGACAUCGCAGGAGAAGUCUGUCAUAAAAGUGGAAAGGGAUUUGGACCUCAGCAUCCUCAACCAUCGCCCUCCAUCUCUCUUGCCUUCCCCCAGUCAUUUGGGUACCAUAGGUGGCCCUGGAGCCCUUCCUAUUAAGAACAGCCUUGGGGACACUCAGAACCCCGCUCAGCCUCACGGUCUGCCUCAUCCCGUCAGCCAGAACCACCCAAGUCCUCCUCUGCAUCCACAGGCUUCACCUCUCCUGGGCCACAGCGGACUCCUGUCUCCCCAGCUCUCCCCACAGCUCGUCCGUCAACAGCUCGCCAUGGCCCACCUCAUCAACCAGCAGCUGGCAGUAAGCCGCCUGCUCACCCACCAGCACGCACAGGGAGUCAACCAGCAGUUCCUCAACCAUCCCCCCAUCUCACGGACAUGUAAGGUUUCUGGGGCGGCUACUGAGCCCAGCCUCAACUGCUCAGGUGCUGAAGUUUCCCCUGAUAUUUACCAGCAAGUCCGGAACGAACUGAAAAGGGCCAGCGUUUCACAAGCAGUGUUUGCUCGAGUGGCUUUCAACCGGACACAGGGUUUGCUGUCAGAGAUCCUUCGUAAAGAGGAGGACCCACGCUCGGCUUCUCAGUCACUGCUGGUCAACCUGAAGGCCAUGCAAAACUUCCUCAACCUACCUGAAUCUGAACGAGACCGCAUUUACCAGGAGGAGAGAGAGCGAAGCACCAGCAACAAUCACAACCACUCCACCCAGCAAAUCUCCAGCACCAACACGCACAGACACACACAGACAAAAUGCAGCAUGCCUGGUCCAGAGCUGCAGCUGAAGCUCGACUCUUUGGUGAACAUCACAUCAGGGAUCUAUGAGGAGAUCCAACAGGAGAUGAAGAGGGCGAAGGUCUCCCAGGCUCUCUUCGCUAAGGUGGCUGCAAAUAAGAGUCAGGGUUGGUUGUGUGAGCUGCUCAGGUGGAAAGAGAGCCCGAACCCUGAGAACCGCACACUGUGGGAGAACUUGUGCACCAUCCGACGGUUCCUGGCUUUGCCACAAGCUGAUAGAGACCAGGUCUAUGAGGAAGAGUCGCGGCAGCAGCACAGCGACAGGCUUCACACUGUCCUGCACAUCCCAGACCAGCAGAGCCUCCACAGGCAGCCCCUACCCCCUCUUAGUGCUCCAUCACCAGCUCGUGAAGACCCACAGCCAGUUCCCCUGCUGCCAGUUCUGCAAGGCUCAGAGGAAAGGCCGCAGUGUGGUCCAAGUCCUGGCCUUGGAAGUGGAGGAACAAAAAAGGCUAGAUCCCGGACAAGGAUUUCUCUGGAAGCCUUAGGCAUCUUGCAGAGCUUCAUUGGAGAUGUGGGACUCUACCCAGACCAGGAGGCUAUCCACACCUUGUCAGCCCAGCUGGACCUGCCCAAACACACUAUUGUAAAGUUCUUCCAGAACCAGCGUUACAAUGUCAAGCACCACAACCAAGCCAGAGAGUCCGUCCCCGAGGAGGACGAUCGGGAGAGCUCAAGUCCCAGUGAAAGAGGCAUCUGUGGCAUGGAGAGCAGAGGAGAGGAGGCUCUCUCUGUGUUUGAGGAGUCGAGUGAGGAUGGCAGAGGUUCUGUGGAGGUAUUCAGAACAGCGGAAGAUGGAGGAGAAGGUGAGGUGGAAAUGGAGGUAGAGACGGAAGAAGUGGAGGAAGGAAAAGCGUCGGGACCAGCAACUUCCUCUCUGUCUCCUUACAGCAGUGUGGACAGCCCCCGAUCGACAGAACAGCAGAGAUAACAGCAGAGAAACAAAGGAGUUGAGGACAUUAUUAAACUGUGAGGAUCCCACACAGAUCCAGUCUUAUCAUCGUCACCACAACCUUUACCAGAGCUGACCCUCAGAGCUCGUUAAUAUCUGAAGAACUGUGGAAAAAUAUUUAUGUACGUAUGUAUGUAUGAAGGUAUAGCUCAGCUAUCUUCAUAUGUUACCAGUGUUUUUUAGUUGGUUGCUGCCUGCAAAAUAUUUGGGACAUUAUUAAGAUAAAAAGGAAAAUAAAUCCCCUAUAUAUAUAUAUAUAUAUAUAUUAGUCUUGUUACUUUGUUUCAUCUGCCCUAUGACCACCAGACAAUCCUUUUGAAAUUAAUUCAUUCUUUGACUUUAUUUAACUUUAAACAACCAGUUAAAUCUACAACAAAAAAGAGCUCACUCCAGUUUUUAAUAAAGCCCUUCUUUCUUUUCUGAAACUGCUCCUAAAGCACAGCCCAUUUACCUGCUGUCUAAAUAGGUUUCCAACAGUUUGGACAGUGUCAUUAUAAAUACUCAGUAUUUUUAGAUAUGCAGUAUUUGGAUGAAAUGGCACAUAAUGAUUGUAUGCAUGUUGUCACCCCGAACUCCAAACACCACUCAGACAUGCUAAUGAUCAGUGAUUUAGAAAUAACUGCAUAUGAAUAGGCUAUUUAUUCGUGUCUGAGAUUAAAAUACUCAUCUUCCCUCAGGUGACCUAUAGUUUUAUUGGAGACUGAGGAUAACCAGCUGACACUGGGCUAUAGUAGCUCAUGUGAAAUGUAUUAAUUUAAAAUAUAAGCAUACAGGGAAACCUCUGUUUAGUCUCAAGUCAUUUAGAUUUUAUUCCUUUUUAUUUAUGUUUCAUUAUUAGUGUCCUUCCUUCGGUGCUUUGAGAGGUCUCUGCAUUGACUCAUCUGUAUGUGAAACUCUGUCACAUAAGCCUUUUGUUGAUAAUAAAACAUUUCCACACUA